AUGGCGUCCGUCGUAGAGACCCAGCCCUCGAGCGCCAGCGGUGCCGCGACCGAAAUCAUACCCAAGAACCUGUCGCAAGCAACACUACGCCCGAAUCCGCCACCCUCGCCCCCCACAACCGACACGGAUGCCGAGACGGACUCAAACGCAUCCAAUGUGCCACAGCCGGAAUCUUCAACGGAUAUAUCGUCGCCAGAUAGCCGAGCGGAAGACGAUGCGCCUGUGAUCUCGCCCGUAACGUCCCCGCCGUACUGGAUAAACACCCACUCUCACCACGCGAGAGGAAUGGCCUCCGCCUCCGUCGAGUCCCUCCCAGCCGGCGGCAUCACCCUACGCGACAACGAAAGCAGCAGCCUCGACGACCGGGGCAACGCGUGCUGGGCCAGGAGCGUCGAGAUCACGGACUACGUCGUCGUGAACGGCAGCACGACCAACAUAGGCGCAUUUGUAGUGUGGAAUAUCAGGGUCGAGACGCUGAGCGGGAGCUACAUGAACAUCCGAAAGCGAUAUUCAGAGUUCGACGACUUCCGAUGGCGACUAGUGCGCACGUUCCCGAACUUCGAGGCAGCGGUGCCCGAGCUACCGCCCAAGAGCAUGAUAUCGAAGUUCAGGCCUAGGUUUUUAGAGAGACGGCGAGCGGGUCUGCAGUAUUUCCUAAAUUGCAUACUGUUGAAUCCCGAGUUUUCCGGGUCGCCUGUCUUGAAAGAGUUUCUCUUCUCGUGA